AUGAAUGUAGACCUUACGGGUUACAUAGAAGAAGUAUAUAGAAUAGGAAGAAAAUCAAGCAACAAUCGUCCUCUGGUGAUUGAAUUGCUUAGCAAGCGUAUGGUUAAAUACAUCUUAAGUAACGGCCGCUAUCUUCAAGGAACAAGAGUUGCUGUAUCAGAUUUUUUAGAUGAAAAUGCGCGGAAAAAAAGGCAAAUAUUGCGGGAAGAAAUAAUAAAAGCCCGAAGAAAGGGCUUACAUGCAAGCGCCGAAUUAUCAGAACUGGAGGUAACCGAUAGCGCUCUGGAAGCGUCCCAUUCGCCAGUAUUAGCGAGAUCUCUGCGUCCAGUCACGUGCAGGCUAAGAGCGUUGUGUCUACAGAGAGUGGCCUUGUGUGGGGAGCCACUGUUGUGUCUGGUCAUAGCUCUCAAGUCCAAUAACUCAAUACGAGAACUGAGAUUGGGUGACAACGGACUAUCAAUAUCGGAUGCUGGGCAGUUGGCAUCUCUUUUGGAAUAUAACAAUAGAAUACAGUUGCUAGAUCUUUCCAACAAUCAAAUACAGGAUGCAGGUGUGGCGCAGUUAGCUGACGCGAUGGCGGAGCAGGCGGCACAGUCGCCCCCCUCCGCCGCCGCCUCACCCCUCUCGCCCCAUCGCUGCCAAGGUCAGUCACCUCCAAUACAAGAAGCCAAAACAGCUGUACGGUUUUACUCACGUCUGUAUUUCGAGGAUGCUGUUUUUUCAGAGUGGUGA